AUGGGCAUAUCGCUCGUCCAGGCAGAGCUUCUUGCACUCUUCCUGGAGACAUUCGUCUAUGGUAUGUCCUUUCGACUGGUCGCCUCAACGUCGCCUCUCACUGUUGUGAAAGGCAUAUUCUUUACUUUAUCUUUGAUUACCUUUACCAUCCUCUCAUCUGCUCGCCUUGGCCGUACCCACUCCCGCACAAUCAUCUUGCCCACCGCCUUCUUCAUGCUCGCUCUCGCGACCGCCCACCUCAUCAUUGACUACAUACGUGCUGCGCAUGCCUUCAUCGUCCUUGGUGCACCCUCAGGUGCAGCAAGCGAGUUCUUCAGCGACAUUUCUGAAGGAACAUUCUUGGCGAAAUCACUUUUAUAUCUUUUUCAAACUUUAGCAGGCGACAGCAUCAUCGUACGUUCUCUCAUACGAUUUCCACGUGCUCCAUAA